AUGAGUACAGCCCGAUCAUCUCAAUCUUCUUCGCGAAAACCAACAAAUGACAACCCGAUACUGAGGUUAGGUCCUAAUCAUGUGUACGGAAAGAAAGUGAAACCAGAUGCUGAGGGAGCUCUCAAGGUGGUGUUGUCAUGGCAAGAAUUUCAUCCGAAUGCCCCUUCAGAACCUCCAGAACGUGAUUUUAAAAAACUCAACAAGCUCUGUAUUAAGGAGCGACAGCUCUCGGGGUCUCAAAUUUCAAAUUUCCGAAAGUCGCAUCAAGAUUUAACACUCAUGACCAGCAAGAGCAGUCACAAUAUGAAUAGUGUCAUGUUACCUUCCGAUAAAGAUCCAAACUUCACGUAUGGCCAUAAAAAUGUGUUCGAUCAGAAAGCAAAGGACCUCAUGGAACACCGAUUUGCACAAGAAUGGCUGAAGGAAAGAGAGGAAAAGGCACGAGAACAAGAAGCAGAAAAAAAUAAGGAAUUUCUUUCAUCGGUCAACACAAAGGCAAAACUUGACAUUAUGAAAAAGCGAAUGGAAUCUCAAUCAAAACUGAAGCCUGUAGAGGAGAAGGAAGAAUUUAAGCUUUCACGAUUUAAGAGAGUAUCAUCUCGUGUGGAUACAAGAAGACCAGUGAGUUCUGUUCAAGAAAAUCAUGGUAGCACAAGUAAAUCACAGCAGCAACAGAAGGAUACUCUCCACCAUAACCAUUAG